AUGUAUGUCAAAGCUGCCACUUACAAGAAGGUCACUAGUUCGUUAUUCUCCACCACUUUUCUUGUUGCAUUUGGUGUUGUUGGUGUGAGUUCUCUUGUCGAGUGUCCGGCUAAUCAAGUGGCCAAUGAAGACAGAGAUGAUAUAACCAAGGCAAGAAACCGCAUGAGUACCAGCGAACUAUGCAAGGAACACCAUCAGCAGAAGUUGAGAUUGCAAAGUUCGAAUCAACAGUAG